AUGAGCAGCGGCCUGAUGUUUCCCGGAAAUGCUAUCGCAAAUAUGUGGUUCACUUUGUUCGGAAGUACCAGCGUUGGCCAGUCUGUUUUCAUGCUCAAAGAUCUGAAGCUUGGACAAUACAUGCAUCUCUCUUCAUUAUCGGUGGUUUGUUCACAGUUGACCGGAACAGUGGUGGGUGGCUUCACUCACUAUUUCGUGAUGGUAGCCAUUCUCAGCACACAACGAGAUGUCCUGCUACUCCCAAAUGGGAACGGGAUCUUUACCGGGAUGGCCUUGAGUACUUUCGCAGCUGAAUCUACCACCUGGGGAGUCUUCAGCAGAAAGCUCUAUUUGUCCGGACAAAGAUAUGCAGUUAUCCCAUAUUCUUUGCUAGUGGGAUUCUUCUUGCCGAUACCUUUCUUCUUGCUCCACCGGUGGAAGCCACGUUUUGGCUUCGAUAAGAUCAACGUAUCCUUGUUUUGCUCUGCCCUCCAUGGUGCUAUAGGUGGCGUAACUUCUGCCAGAACUGUUUGCACCAUGAUAGGGUUUUACACUCAGUACUAUAUACGGAAAUACCGUUUCCAAUGGUAUCAAAAGUAUAACUAUGUACUCAGUGCAGCGUUUGACGGAGGUACCCAAUUCACGAUGUUGAUACUCACGCUUACUCUUCAGGGAGGGACUGGAUUCAAGGUGGAAAUGCCAACCUACUUCCUCAAUCCGAAGGGGGCACGUGACUAUUGUUACCUACCUUCAGCAAAGCCGUAG